UCUGAAACUUUUGAAUCCUCGCAAAUCAAAAAGGAUGCUAAUAAUUAUAUCCUACAGAACAAUUUGCCGGAAACUCAGAGCAAGGAAGACCCUAGAAAAUAUUAUAAAAUUUUAACAGAUCGGGAUAGGCUGAUCGGUGAAGAGUUAUUACAAUGUGAUAUAUUAAAAUGUCGUUUAAGUACUGCAUGGCUCGAUGACCUUAUGAAGGAAUGGGAAAAAACCGUAUCCAAUUUUCCAGAUAAAAGCAUAACAGUGGAAGCAUAA